CAAUUCAUAACAGUCUAUUAAAAAGCUUGUUAUUUUGAAACAGAGUAGCGAACAUCCUUAAAUGGAUUUGGCUAUUAUUUUAAUGUCCUAAUAGGUCACAGAGUUCUUCAACUGUUAGGUUGCUUUACAUCCUAGGCUUUUUAAUAUUAUGCUUUGAGCGUCCUUAGUGAAGGUAAAUUCAGAUAGGCAUUUCGGAUGCAUGACAUUUACAAUCUUAUGAAAAAGUAGUGGACUUUUGGGUUGAAAUUUCACUGUAAAAAAUGGGUCAUGUAUUGUGAGGUAACGUAGUGAUGAAGCCUAGUUGACAAGGUAAACAAUUAGUAUGUCUGAAUUUGUUAAUUUUUAAUUUGUGAUCACUGAAUAUGCAACUUCCAUAUUUUGAGUUAGAACUGAUAAUGUUUUUUAUAAUUUGAUAUCGAUUGUCAAGAAAGCAGAACCCUAUAUUGUAAAGAAAAUAAAUGAGAAAAAAGCAGGUGGGAAUAUUUUAAUUCCAUUCAUUGUUCUAACGACAUGUACUCAAAACUAAUUGCGUUAUCGGGGCUUUUAUCCAAUUACGACGGAACACAACAUAUAGCAAAUCAGUUAUUCAAAGGAAAUAUUAACAGUUUUCUGUUAAUCAUGUGGUAUUGUAUCACAUUUAAAGAUUCCAUCUAUUCAAGCAAAUUUUACCAACGAUUAUUUUGCCUGUUUUGUUUUGCUACAUUUGGUUUUAAUGCCCACAUACGUUGCUUGUAUUCGGUUCCCUGAUUUGAAGUUAUUCCUAAGCAGAUCGCACAUCCGUCAAUGAAACAGUUAUAUCAAACGAAACAAAAUAAAAAACAAACAAACAAACAACACAAUGUACAUCCAUAUAUCAACAUAUAGUUUGCAUGGAAUUUAAAAGAUCAUUUUAAAAUGAGUGUCUUGCGUCCUAAUAUAAUAUCGUAUAUUCGUGUUGCUAAGUAUUUGGUUUUCUAUGUUGUGUCUGUAUACGGUGGUUUUCUUUUGGUCUUUUUCAUUUUAUGACAUGGCGUUGUCAGUUUAUUUUCGACUUAUGAGUUUGAAUGUACAUUUGGUAUCUUUCGCCUCUCUUUUUCAUAUCGAAAUUAUAUCUUCUGGUUGUACCCGUUUAGAUAUUUUGGUGAAUAAUAAACUUUCAGCAUUAUGAAUCGCAUAAUAUGAAGUUACUAGAGACUUGCAUGAUGAUGGUAACAAUUGUAUAAUUAUUCACUCAAAAUAAAUGUAUAUUUAUGGAAAUUAAAGAACUCAUCAAAGAUACAACGCUUAUAAUUUUGUAGUGCUGUUCGAUACACUUAAGCAUUAAGUAUGUUGAGAAACUUUAAACCGACAUAUCAUUCCGCACUUUCUAUAUGAUUUUGCUAUUGUAUUAUUUAUACUUAUUUCAACCAUUCCUACAUAAGGAAGUGCCUGUACGUAAUCAGGAUUGUGACAGUUGUUUUCCAUUCGUUUGAUGUGUUUGAGAUUUUGAUUUUGCCAUUUGUUAAGGGACUUUCCGCUUUGAAAUUUCCUUGGAGGUCAGUAUUUUUGUUAUGUUACUUUUUUUUAGUAUGCGCAUUAUUUGCCAGCAGUAUAUACAAACGGAUGGCAGCCAAAGCUAGUGACCAGUCAAUAAAGGCUGACAUGGUUGCUCAGUCUAGGAUCUUUGCGGAUAGAGCAUUUGAUUUGCAAUCGAGAUUAUAUGACGAUGACGCUGAGCUUGCAAUGGAUUUAGUUAUCACAGAUCAAAUCGUUUGGGACAUCACUAUAAGUCCAAUGCAAUGUGCCUAUGAACAUGAUAUGCUGGACGUUCUUGCCCAAACAUGCCCUCAACGACGUUUAAAUAAAAUAUGGUAUAGCGGAAUAAGUUCUAGUCUUGGAGGAUUUUGGAAGAAAGGCUUGUGUUGUAGUUGGUGCUAUUGCGGAAGAAAAUGUUCACCGGCUAAAGGACUUUUAAAGUUUAUUGGCGCUCCUCUCACGAGGUUUUUGGUACAUUACGUAUUCUUUUUUGCAGCUUUGGUUUCUUGCAGUCUUUUCCUGAUGCAAAUGAAUGUAUUCAAAGAUACAGGAUCAAUUGGUGUCUUCGAGUUAUUCUUUUAUUUACAUCUAAUUGGAGACAUUUUGGAGGACUAUAGGAAUGUGAUUUCGAAAAAGUGUAAAUCAGGAUGUGCACAAGAGAACCCAUUAAGUCAUUCAAAAAUGUUUAGAGUUAAGAAAUACAUAUGUAAUUUCUGGAACCUCAUAGAUGUUAUGUCUUAUACGCUGACCAUCACAGCAAUAUGUCUUCGUUUCUUCAUUUUAACAGGAGGUUGGCAAAAGUUUUGCAGACGUUUUUUCAGCCUGAGUCUAGCUACUAUAGCCAUCAGAUUUUUUCGAGUCCUAUUGAUGUCAAGGAAACUUGGGCCAAAAAUUAUCAUGAUCAAAGAAAUGUUAAAGGAUCUAUUUCGAUUCAUCGGAAUUCUAUUUUUAUGCAUGAUUGGUGUUGGAGUACUGUAUCAUGCAAACAUGUACCCAGAACAUGACUUGAAAAUGUGGAAUACAGUAGGAUAUCAGCACUGGAGAAUAUGGAAAAUCAUGUAUAUUCCAUACUGGCAAAUAUAUGGGGAAACUAUGCUUGACAGUCUUCAAGAAAAUAUUACAACACCCUGCACCAUGAACCGGAAUGUAUGGGAGAGUAAUCCAGACAUAGAACGAUGCAAUCAGUAUGACUGGGUACUUAUUGUGAUCGCUGCAAUCUAUAUGUUGAUUUCAAAUCUCCUUCUUGUCAAUCUUUUGAUAGCUUUGUUCAGCUAUCGAUUUGAACGGGUCCAGGAAAUCUCAGAGAAAUUGUGGCGAUACUUAAGAUAUGAACUCAUCAUGGAUUAUCGCGAUAGGAUACCAGUUCCUUUUAACCUUGUGAUCAGACCACCAUACAUCGUAUACUGGUGCUGUAAGAAACUUAUAAAGAAGAAACAAUCGGAUGAGAGGGCUGCCACUCGUGAAAGAUCGUUGGAUAAGAUCAACGCACUUCAAUCUAUGAACGCAAUUAAAUGCGUUUACAAUAUUUGAGAUGUCAAACAGAUAUAUGUCUAAUUAUAUUAAAAAGAUCAUUGUGUACUUAAACGCAUGACAUAAGUGGGGAAGAUACAGAAAAAUCAAGAUUAUAUAAUUGAUUAGAACAUGUUUGUACAUAUUAUUUACAUAGCUUUUCAUAACCUUGUAUUUUUUUUUAGAUUACUGCAAGAUGUUUUAUUAAUUUGACUUGUUGAAAUUUUAUAUGUGAUUUAGAAUGUAUUUUUUAUAAUGAAAAUUGAUGAAAUACCUGUUCUAAAGCUCCAAAUAUUUCAGAAAAAGAAAAUUAUUUUCUCAUGUUUUUAUUGUUCAUCCUCAUGCACACGUACAUUCUAUCCUCAAAUUGUCCUGAUCUCUUUCCCAAAUAGUGUUUAUCUUGAUAUUUUAUUAAGGAUAUAACUUAGGACAGGAAGUAAUUUUGUGUUAGGAUUGGAAUGAUGACGCGAAAAAGAAUCUUUAUGGUUACAAGAGCGCAAUUAUGUGUCAUGCAUUUUCCAUAAGAUACCAGUAUUGUUAAAUAUUUCAUUUCUUGAAAAAUGCACAAACUAGAACAAAAAUUGGUAACAUUAAACAAUUCUAGAAAUAUCAGCAUUGCAUUGCAACCAAAAUAUAUAUGUAACUUUUGCGGCAAAGUUGACCAAACAUUGCAGUUUAAAGAGCGUUUUUUUUCACCUAAUGGGACAGGUAUUUUUUUUUAAUGACUUGGCUCCUUCCUGAAUAAAUUUAAUAUAUUUUCUACACACUGUCAAGUCCAACCCUGUAUCAUCCAACCAGGAGUCGCACAAGAUUUUAUUCUGAUUACCAGUAAAAUAUAAACAUAUAAAUAAAAUCAUCAUAGAUACCAGAAUUCAAAUUGUGUACGCCAUACGCAUAUUUCGUCUACAAAAGACCCAUCAGUGACGCUCGAAUUAAAAUUGUUUUAAAGACAGAAUAAAGGACGAAGUUGACAGCAUUGAGGACACAAAAUGCCGAAAGGUUUUGCCAAAUACAGCUUAGGUAAUGUAUUCCUUACUAUUUCGACUAUAUCAAUGUUGACCACUAGGCUGGUGACACUCGCGGUAAGACAACCUCCACCAGCAAUGGCUCCGACCAUGUAUAUAUGUGUGUGCUCAUGUAACCUCAGGUAAGAUCGAGGCUUCGAAAGAAGAAAAAAUACGUGUAGAAGAUAUGAGUUACUUUCCUUUCCAACUGAUUUUAUCAAUAUUUCCGUUUAAAUUACCGAUAUUUCUAUUUAAUUUUCAAAUGUCGUAUUGGAAAUACAUUUUGCUAAUUCGAUUAUAUAUUUAUUUAUUUCAUAAUAAUUGCAUUAAAUUUGCAUUUUCAUUAAAUUAUGUUGUCCAUGUUAAAAGAAUUUUAUGUGAGACGGUUCAUCCUUUUGUUUUGAAUAUUUGGUUUUGAUUGUUCAUUCUAGAUGUAAAUACAGAAAAGCGCUUCAGGCGCAUUUAUAUUAUAAAGUCUGAUGUUCAUUUUUUAUAUAUAAAUAUAUCACUUAUUAUCAUCCGCCAGAGUGCAAGAUUUGUGGCACCAUGCUGGAUAAGAUGGAAGGUAAAUGUCCGAAAGUUAUUUACAUGUUGUAUGUAGCAAUUGUCUUUGUUUAUGUUUUUUGUCAUUAAAUUUGAUUCUUGAAUUAAUGGUCUUCAGUAUCAUCCAAAAUGUAUAAGUACAUGUGUAUGUCUUGCUUUUAGAGCUUUGAGUCUACAGUUUUUUUUAUAUAUUAUUGUUCAUGGCCAAAUAAUAGAAAGCUUGUAGCUCAAAGAAUACAGCCGAAAUUGUGUAAAUUUCUAAAUACGACAUAGUAGUUAAGAUCACAAAUUAUAAUUGCAUAACAGUUGUAUGUAUGUGCUUGCUAUGACUUUAUAUUGUGUUGUUCAUUGUUUACUGUAAUUAUUUUCACUAUAUAUAUUAUACUAUUUUGCUAUAUCAUUAUGUUUGCUUAUGCAAUAAAAUAUUCAUUUAUUCAUUCAAA